GAAAAUGAAAAUUACAGUGACAGCAAAAGGUGGAAGGCUUUUUAUAAAUUGAAUGAAUGGCAGAGUCUGUGAGUGCUAAGACACGAAGGAAAUAGAUCACCAUUUUCCUCUCUGCUGUUUCUGAUCACCCUCGAUCUCCAUCGCCAUGGAUCCCUACAAGUACCGACCGUCAAGUGCCUUCAACACUCCUUUCUGGACUACCAACUCCGGUACUCCAGUUUAUAACAACGAUUCAGCUCUCACCAUCGGAUCUAGAGGUCCAAUUCUGCUAGAGGAUUACCACUUGGUGGAGAAGCUCGCAAAUUUUACUAGGGAACGGAUUCCAGAACGUGUCGUGCAUGCUAGGGGAGCUAGUGCCAAGGGUUUUUUUGAAGUCACUCAUGAUAUUACUCAUCUCACUUGUGCUGAUUUCCUCCGUGCACCUGGAGUUCAGACCCCUGUCAUUGUCCGUUUCUCCACUGUUAUCCAUGAACGAGGCAGCCCUGAAACUAUUAGGGACCCUCGAGGUUUUGCUACCAAAUUUUAUACUAGAGAGGGUAACUUCGAUAUAGUCGGAAACAACUUUCCUGUCUUCUUCAUCCGUGAUGCAAUGAAGUUUCCCGAUGUGAUUCAUGCUUUCAAACCCAAUCCCAAGUCUCAUAUCCAGGAGUAUUGGAGAGUCCUUGACUUCCUGUCCCAUCAUCCAGAAAGCCUUCACACAUUUAUGUUCUUAUUCGAUGAUGUGGGUGUCCCGCAAGAUUACAGGCACAUGGAAGGUUCUAGUGUUAAUACAUAUACUUUGAUCAACAAGGCUGGGAAAGUGCAUUAUGUGCAAUUUCACUGGAAGCCUACAUUGGGAAUCAAGUGUCUGUUAGAAGAAGAGGCCAUACGGGUCGGUGGAACAAACCACAGUCAUGCCACUCAAGAUCUUUAUGAUUCAAUUGCGGCCGGGAACUAUCCUGAGUGGAAACUCUACAUCCAAACCAUUGAUCCUGAUUAUGAAGACAGGUUUGACUUUGACCCACUGGAUGGGACCAAGACUUGGCCAGAGGACCUCGUGCCCCUCCAGCCAGUUGGUCGUUUGGUCUUGAAUAGGAACAUCGACAACUUCUUUGCUGAGAACGAGCAGCUUGCAUUUUCCCCUUCCCAUGUGGUGCCUGGUAUAUACUUCUCUGAUGAUAAGAUGCUCCAAGGUCGCGUCUUCGCAUAUGGUGAUACACAGCGAUACAGACUUGGAGCAAACUAUCUGCAACUUCCUGUAAAUGCUCCCAAGUGUGCUCAUCACAACAAUCACUAUGACGGUGCCAUGAAUUUCAUGCAUAGGGAUGAGGAGGUUGAUUACUUCCCAUCAAGAUAUGACUCUGCUCGUCACGCAGAAAAGUUCCCAAUUCCUACUGUUAUUUGCUCCGGCAGGCGUGAAAGGCGUAUAAUUGAGAAGCAGAACGACUUCAAGCAACCUGGGGAGCUAUACAGAUCCUGGGCACCUGACAGGCAAGAUAGGUUUAUCCGCAGAUGGGUUGGAGUUUUAUCGGACCCACGUGUCACCCAUGAGGUCCGUAGCAUCUGGAUAUCUUUCCUGUCUCAGGCUGAUCGGUCUCUUGGUCAAAAGGUAGCAUCCCAUCUGAACAUGAGGCCAAGUAUCUAAGGCAAGCUGGUUGAAUCCACCAAUAUGUGCGAGAGUUCGAAGCUGAUGAGCGAAGAAUGUGAUAAGGAUAUGCCUGUGAGGUCAUUUGAAUGGACCGAUCAUCAAUCUUUUUAUUGCAUUAUCAUGUUGUAUAUUAAUGUGUGUAAAACGACUAGUAUGGCAAUAAGCAGUUUGUAUCUGUCUUUCAUUUCUCCUGCUCCUCCUCAUUUGAUUACAUUUCGGUGGAUGGCAUGUUUAAGGCCUGUGUCGAAUAUAGAUAGUGCUGCGGAAGCUAAGCCAAAACUAUGAUAAUCAAGGAUGUGCCAAUUAUCAUCGAUCAAUCCUUUUAUUGUAGUAUUAUGAUGCUUGCUCAUGUGUUGUACAAAACAACUUCAUGACAAUAAAAUCUGCCGACUCUUUAUUUCA